UGAUUUAUUGAGGACUAUGUCGGCCACAACUGUACCCGAAACUGUCUUAAUCGACCUCAAAGUAGACCGAUCUCUAUUGAAUGCAAACUUUGACUCUUAUAGAGUAUCGAUUGAUCCGAUGGUAACAUAUAGUGAAUCAUUGGCCAAAAAUAGUAUCAAUGAAUUUAAACUAUCUGAAGAUGACUACAGCUAUAUUAGUUUAUCGAUGGCCUCACAGUUUAACCAUUUGUUUGCCGACCCCUAUUGUCCGCAAACCGUAUUUCUGACCACAAGUAAUGGUCAGAUUGUAUGUGUUGGCAUUGAGCUGUUGUCCGGCAAACUAAGUCAACCGAAAGUUGUCUACAGUAUAGCCGAUUUUGAAUCGGGUCUCAUAUCGCUUUCAUUUCCCAACAAUAGUUUAGCGCUAAUCGCGAUCUCAAACCCGAAAAAGCGUGAACUUUAUGUGGUGUCCACUCCUAGCCGGUCGGCCACUGAACCAUGGAUUCACUUAAUGACUAUUGAUUUGUCUGAUUAUGAAAUAAAAAAUUUAUUUCAACUUACAUGCAGUCAAUCAAUCGAUAUGUUUAACAAUUUUAUUCAAAUGGAUUGCAUAUUGAGUUUUGUUGACAACUGUGAAGAGAAAAACUGUGAAGAAUUGGACGAAAGUUCACAUAAGAGUCCAUUUUGUCUUAUAUUGAAUUGGUUGACAAUUAUUGGAAAUAUUGAUGAAUCUAAUACUUGGAAAGUUAAGAGAUGUCGGCGACUCAAAGGUAGUGAUUGGCCUAAAUAUCUAGCAUUUGAUUUAGUCGACACUCCCUAUGUUUGUAUGAUUUCGGAAAAAGAUUUUAAAUUUAUUUAUGAUUCAGACAAACCUAUUGUUGAAUCUGAGUUGAAAAUAAAUAUCAAAUCUGAACCAAAUAUUUUAUAUACAUAUUGUCAAUCACUUGAAGAUAUUUGUGUGACAUUUAAACUGCCCGUUCAAAUCACAAAACAUGAUAUAUUCAUUGAUUUAAAGCCCAACAAAUUUUUGAUUAAAAUCAAAGAAGUUAUUGAGUUUGAGGGCGAUCUCUGGCAUACAAUUGACUCGAAUUCAUCUGUUUGGACAAUUCAAUCACAAUCAGACUAUCAAUUGCUUGAAAUAACUGUCAAUAAAUCAGAAAAUGGUCUCAUUUGGCACGAGUUUAUUAAAGAUGAUAAACAGGGUCAGGAAAUUAUCAAUAAACAAUUGGUAGAAGAGAUACAACAAAAGUUAAAACAUUUGACGAGUGAUAUGUCUGCUAAUGAUAAUGACUUUCAUAGCGAUGUUUAUAACCCUAUGGGACUCGAAGAAUGUGAUUUUACUGAUAAUUCAUUAGUUUUUAAUCGAUAUAAUGGAGACUCACAUUUAAUUAGCCAUAAAAUAGACUUAACUGGUAGUCAAUGGCUUUUUACAAUUGCAACUCAGAAAUCAUUUAAUAGUGAUUGCAGUGAAUUACCUUAUUUUGUGGUCCGACACGAUGUGGAUGCCAUUGUUUGGUCACCUCAAAGUGCACCUGAAAUUGAACAAUUUAAUGUCACACAUGUGGCCACAUUUGCCGCAUUUGGUUAUGUUUCGGCUUCCAAAACAAAUACACGAUUCAUUGUCGCUCCCGAUGACUGUAGUUAUGUUGCCAUCGCUGAUGGUGUUCGACACAUAUAUCUCUAUCGACAACCGGUUCAUAUAAAAAGUGGUGAACUCAGGAAUAGAAAGACUGGAAAAGAUAUACAAAAAGUUGCAAAACAACACGUUAUCAGUUUAAAUGACUGUCAUUUUAUUCUUGGUAUUCAUGCCAUCAAUGAUAGCAUUUUUGUCUUGACUAACGAUAAGAUAUUUCUAAUUAAAUUAUAG